CCGUCAUGUUCGACUGCAUGGACGUGCUGGCCGUGAGUCCCGGGCAGAUGCUGGAUUUCUACACGUCCAGCCCGUCCUCGUGCAUGCUGCAGGAGAAAGCGCUGAAAGCCUGCAUCAGCGGACUGGCGGCGCACCGGGACUGGCAGCACCGGCGGAGCGCGCACUCCAUUGAAACACAGAGCACCAGUUCUGAGGAGCUGGUUCCCAGCCCGCCGUCCCCGCCGCCCCCUCCCAGAGUCUACAAGCCCUGCUUCGUGUGCCAGGACAAGUCCUCCGGAUAUCACUAUGGCGUCAGUGCGUGUGAGGGCUGCAAGGGGUUCUUCCGCCGGAGCAUCCAGAAGAACAUGGUGUACACGUGUCACCGCGACAAGAACUGCAUCAUCAACAAGGUGACCAGGAACCGCUGCCAGUACUGCCGCCUGCAGAAGUGCUUCGCGGUGGGGAUGUCCAAAGAGUCUGUUCGGAAUGACCGGAAUAAGAAGAAGAAGGAGAACCCAAAGCCCGAGCUGGCGGAGAGCUACGAGCUGACGGCCGAGCUGGAGACCAUCAUAGAGAAGAUCCGUAAGGCCCAUCAGGAAACCUUCCCUUCCCUCUGCCAGCUUGGCAAAUACACCACGAACUCGAGUGCAGACCACCGUGUGAGGCUGGACCUGGGCCUGUGGGACAAGUUCAGCGAGCUGGCCACCAAGUGCAUUAUCAAGAUCGUGGAGUUUGCCAAACGAGUGCCUGGCUUCACGGGGCUGACCAUCGCCGACCAGAUCACGCUCCUGAAAGCUGCCUGCCUGGACAUUCUGAUCCUGCGCAUCUGUACGAGGUACACCCCCGACCAGGACACCAUGACCUUCUCGGACGGACUCACCCUCAACCGGACACAGAUGCACAACGCUGGCUUCGGCCCCCUCACAGACCUGGUCUUCACCUUUGCCAACCAGCUGCUGCCCAUCGAGAUGGACGACACGGAGACGGGGCUCCUCAGCGCCAUCUGUCUCAUCUCCGGAGACCGUCAGGACCUGGAGGAGCCCUCCAAGGUGGACCAGCUCCAGGAGCCGCUGCUGGAGGCCCUGAAGAUUUACGUGAGGAAGCGUCGGCCCAGCAAACCGCACAUGUUCCCCAAAACCCUGAUGAAGAUCACCGACCUGCGCAGCAUCAGCGCCAAGGGGGCGGAGCGCGUCAUCUCGCUGAAGAUGGAGAUCCCGGGGUCGAUGCCGCCGCUCAUCCAGGAGAUGCUGGAGAACUCGGAGGGCCAGGACGGCCAGAGCAGCAGCAGCAGCAGCACUUCAGCCGAGGCCGAGGAGAGCUCCAGCAGCAAGGGCAGCCCCAACCGGGACGCCGCCCCGCUGGAGUCGCCGGACUCCCCGGACCGGGAGGAGGAGCGGGAGGAGGAGGAGGAGCGGGAGGAAGAGGAG